AUGGAGAUAGAAGCCUCUUCAAUGGCUCGGAAACACAGCUUACUCAAUACCUUGAGAGCUUUUUUAGGGAUGAAGAAUCCAAUUAAUAAAGACGACACAGAUGUAGAGAACGGGAGGUUCGAAAAGGACCUGGAAAAGUCUCUAAGAAAUAAAAGAGGACUUACAGUACACAAUCAGGCCUUCUUAUCCGGUCUCUCCUAUUGUUUGUCCUCGUGUGGCAUGAUACUGGUCAAUAAGUAUGUCCUCUCCAGUUAUGGCUUUAAUGCUGCCAUAUCGUUGAUGCUUUACCAGAAUUUUGUAUCGGUAGUUGUUGUUUCCAUUUUGAGUCUCCUUGGAGUAAUUACAACGGAACCACUUACAUGGAGAUUAAUCAAGGUCUGGUUGCCUGUUAAUAUUAUAUUUGUGGGGAUGCUGGUCUCAAGUAUGUUUAGUUUGAAAUACAUUAACGUUGCCAUGGUUACGGUUCUCAAGAAUGUAACCAAUGUGAUGACAGCUGUUGGCGAAAUGUAUUUAUUCAACAAGCACCAUGAUAGUAGAGUUUGGGCAGCCCUUUUCUUAAUGAUCAUUUCGGCAAUAUCCGGAGGGUUUACAGAUCUUUCAUUUCAUGCUGUUGGAUACACAUGGCAGUUUAUCAAUUGUCUUUUGACAGCAUCAUAUUCUCUGACUUUGCGUCGGGUAAUGGACACUGCCAAACAAGUCACUAAAUCUGGAGAGUUGAAUGAGUUCUCAAUGGUCAUGCUAAACAAUAGCCUCUCACUGCCACUGGGAGUUAUUCUCCUUUUCGUGUUCAAUGAGGUUGACUAUCUUUCACAAACGCCACUCUUGAGGCUGCCGUCUUUCUGGCUGGUUAUGACCUUUAGCGGGCUGUUGGGCUUAGCAAUCAGCUUCACCUCCAUGUGGUUCCUCCAUCAAACUGGAGCUACUACUUACAGUCUUGUGGGGUCACUAAACAAAGUGCCUCUUUCUGUUGCUGGGAUCCUUCUUUUCAAUGUCCCGACAAGCUUGGAAAAUUCGGCAAGCAUAUUUUUUGGAUUAUCAGCAGGAGUGCUGUUCGCCAGAGCAAAAAUACGAUAA